AUGAUGGAUCGCGAGGACGAAGCACAGGAAUUGCCAGCGGGAGGGGGAGAAGGACAUGAAGAGGCUAUAAAGUUGCAAAAAGAAGGCACAGAAGAGGAUGAGAAUGACGAUGACGAGAGAGUUAGGCCUAAGAAAUUUUGGAUUACGGAGCUGCCAGACCCAGAAGAUACUGAAUUCAGGAAAUACACUCAUCGCACCCCAGUUGAGGGUAAUCAUGAUCCCUCAAUCUACGAACCAGGGGACGAACAAUGCAGUAUGUGGGAGUCACAUCCGAACCAUGAGUGCUACUCGCCAUUUGGGGAUGGAGGAACAACAGCAACUGUAAAUGCGUUUGGACAACUCAUGCAAUUCAGCACUUAUCUUGGCCCGGGAAAGUCUGGCAUGUUUUCGGUAGACCAUACAUCUAUCUAUGAGCCCUGGUUAGUUUGGGGCAGAGCGAAUCAACUGGAUCGCAUGUCCCGAGCCCACAAUCGAGAUGAAAUGACGUACGGUGUAUAUUUCCCAGAUCUGAUAGUAGAAGAUGAUUUGGUCCGGAAAUACGUACACUGUAGGUGGCCGCGGUAUGAAUACGAGAGCGAAAAGGCCAAACUCGUCAAUCAAUGGAUGGUGCAUGAUGGAGUCGUUUUACAGCAGUGGCGCUUCACUAAUCUUGACACUGAAAAAAUCUCAACGAAAGUUGUGUUUUCGAAAGACAUGCUCAUUCGGGAUCUGCAGUAUCAGGAAUGGGAUCACUUCUAUGGUAUUAUGGGGGGGAACUACCACUUCUUGGGACCAGGAAACUAUAGCUGGAUAUGCUUGCAUGAGCUAGUAGACAAUACCCCAGCUAGUUAUACUAACGAAGCUGAAGCGUUCAAUUAUUCUAUUGGAGUGACCGUGUUUGUUUUCAUUGACGGCGUUGCCAUCAAAUUCGACACGAACGAGGAAUGGACCUUAACCGUCAAAGGCAAUCAGACUAGAGAGUUUGUUGUUGCAUAUAAGUUGAUAUAUUCAACGUCAGAGGUUGCGAAAGAUUGGAAACAAUUCUUGGUGGCAGCGGAUGAGACAAAUGUCAAGCUGGCGGAAGAUGGUCUCUUUGAGCAUGGCUACAUGGCUAAUGGGAAAAGGAUACUGGAAAAUGGGGAACUGAGACACGCUAAUGAGCCGCCAAGAAAUAGUCUUACAGAUACAGCAUUCCAAAUCAUCAAGGCAGGGGAAUUUGCCGAACACUACAGUAAAGACCCUGGCAAAAACGAGUGGCAGCUGGCUCGCCAAUGUGUCGGGCAGGUUUAUAAAAAUUGGAUAACGCAUCUAGAUGAACUCGAUGGGAGAGGCAAGUUUGCAUGGCCUCGAUCUCGACGUGGGGAGUUCGGUGUCUUCCGCUUAGAUGAUCAUGUCUGGGCUAUUAGGGCUCUUAAGAUAGCUGAAUCCAUGGUCUCCCCCAAUUCAUUGGAGGGAGAUAUCCCGGAACGAACAACUGGGGCCUCGACGAGGCCAACCAAGUCAGCUCUGGCAAAGGAGUAUUCUUUCGCCAAUACACAGCGGGAAGUGGUGCAACGAUUUACGACGCAAAAUCCGAAUUACCAAUCUAAAAAGAGAAUGCUAGCUGUGACAAGGUCUGUACGGGAAUCUAGAUUCUUGUUUCAUGCGCGAGAUACCGCGCUCUUCUAUAAUGUCGACCAAGUGAAAUGGAGAGGGACUCAAUUUAUCGAGCUGUUGAAAAAGACAAUUGACUCGCAACCACAUCAUGUAGAUAAUGAAGAAUCUGGCUGGGACGAUACACUUCGCUAUGCUUUGGCCAUAACCAUGGGCACUGAUGGGUACAAAAUCAAUGCAAAGUCGUCGUUUGAAUUGGUACAAUCAUCUAUCGACGUUCUUUUUGGAAGCUUUAGUUCCAACGGGUUUGUUCCGGGGCAGCUAGACAAGGACACGAAGGAGCAGGCUUUGUUCGAAGACGAAGAAUAUACAGACUCCUAUUAUCACGCUAGUUUUGAGAUACCCUAUAUUCUUCUUCAAUACGCUUCCCGAAUUCACAGUCUAUAUAAGACGCAGCUUUCGGAAACAACAAUUUCGGGCCCCUCGGCUACUGUACAAUUAAUGACCGAUCUUGAUAAUCCUCAACACACAGAGCCUCAGCGACCAAAAGUCGCGGAUGCUAUGAGAGCUCCGGCAAAUCUUAAUAUGAAGAAAACUACACCUUUCAAUGACUUGAUUGAUAUAACAAAUAUUGUAGACCGUGAUGAUGAAUGGCUAUACAAUUAUCCCUCCAUAUUUUCGAGAAAGACCAAAAUCGAUUUAGAAGAAGCACGCAAGUCCGCAAAAGCUGGAGUGAAUUAUUCAGAAAUUGGCAAUGGUAUCGUCAGAAAGGAACUAGACAAUUGGGAGGGAAAUCCUCCUGAUUUAUUGGCAAGAUGGAAUCACUGCUUUGUUGUUGAUGUACAACAGACGAAAUUUUUUGGAAGAUCGGACGAGCCAAAUUACGAAGUCUAUCCAAGGGAGGACAACCUUGAGUUGUGGGAAAGACUCAGCAAACCUCGUACUCCAGAGCAAGCCAAGAAACGCUUGAUCCGGAUGCCUCUGGUUCAAGAGUUUCAAGCUGCUUUGUGCUACUUAGCCACUCCUGAAAUCUAUCAGAUGUCAAUCUCCUCUUUUUUUGAUCGACAUGUGAAAAACGAAAGCUAUUUUUUGGAAGAUACAGCUCUUAUAGAAAAUGCAUGGGAAACUGAGUUCCAUCUGAGUUUCUAUUCACUCAUCCAUUCUGACUCCAAUCAUGCUGAAGGAAUAGCUACUUCAUCUGCGGAGGAGUUCCCAGGUAGUAAUCAAAAGAAGAAGAUCGCUGUUGCUUCCAUGGGCUUCCGCUUCGAUGGCGAUAUUUUUGAUCGGUAUUGGACUGGUUAUUUGCUAGAGAAUGUUCCAGGUCUGUACAAAGAGCGAGGCUAUAAUAACUUUAAUCCAAGCGAAGGCCACCAACCUUUAUUCAUAAAAUCAAAUAAUAAAGCCUACAGACAAAGAAAAGUACUUGAGCUGCAAUUCUUUGAUCGGAUGAUACAACAAAUUGUCCGAUGCACCCAAGAAAUAUCUUACUCAAUUAGAGAGGAGUUGGGAAUGAAACAAGGCGCUUUGUCAUCUUCCAUUUUAAGUAGUGACGAUUAUUUUACUUCGAGUGUCUUGUGGAACAGAUAUCAACACAUUUUACAUGUUGUUGAGGAGGAGCUCGAAUCUGCAAUCGGAGUUAUCGGGAAAUGGGAGAAGCGGGAGGAUGACCGAAAAGGGGAAGAACCUCGCUGGACGCGGAACGACGAGAUGAAAUACCGCGGUAUCAUCAACAAAUCCAAAGGCUCUACAAAAAGGCGAGUUAUAGACCUACAUGUUGCAUAUAGGAGUAUCAAAACUCUAAGGGAAACUAUCGAAAAUAGCCAGGACCAAAUUCGCAAUGACUUGAGCCUCCAAGGGUCUGAAAAAAUCCGGUUCUUCACUUAUGUUACUGUCGUUUUCCUGCCUCUGGGAUUUGCAACAGGGAUUUUCAGCAUGAGCGGUGCCCCGGACGGGAAGGUACUUGGCAGUAUGGCAGUUUGUGCUGUUGUCGCUAUCCUCCUCACAGUACUCGCUUUACUUAACGCUAAACAACUAGCUAAGAUCGUAGAUGAUCUAUUCUCUGUAUAUCACAGAUAUUCCCAAGGAAAAAUGGAAAGGUCUCUUCUAGUAAAAGGCAAGAAGGAGCGACGAAGUAUACCUGAAGACAUUGAAGAAGUUGAACAAAAUCAUAAUCGAGUCGAGCGUACAGCAAAUUCGCACGAUAAAAAGCGCAAAAUGUCUCCAAGAGUUGAGACUUGGACUCUAUUGUUCUGGAUUCACUAUUUUAAAUUUAUGGUGUUUCAACUCACUCCAUCACCAGAACCGACGCAGGACUCGGAUGUCAAAUACAAAGAGCGCUUGAACAUGCUCAUACACCCGCCAGAUGUAGCUCGUCCUGUAAAGCCAUUAAUUAACAAGCUCAAGGCACGACGAGAGAAUGAGGAACUUGAGAAGAAAUCAAAGAAGAAAAACGGUCACGAAGAAAGAGCGCCCGACAAUGAAAAUAACUACGUAUAG